ACAAGAGAGCAGCAAAAGUGAAACAAAAAGAUAUAGAUAGAUAGAUAGAUCGAGAGAGAAAGAGGGAGACAUCAACCAGCUUCCUACCUCUUUGCCUUCAGAAGUAGAUUAUGACCUAUCACGGUGGAAGUGUGUACUGUAGCUCCCAGUGUUAGUUUCUGCUGGGUGUCAGCUGCAUUAGCUUUGUAAUAAUUGUUGCGUUUAUCUGCUUCCUGGAUUCCGAAGAACCGCGUUUUCCAUUGUAAUCUGAGCAAAAUUCUAGUGCUUGAAGAGUUACUCAGCUAGUUCUCAAGCUAAGCAAUGGAGAGCACUGGUGCGUGGGAUCUCAGUUCGCUGCUGAGGCUGCUAGCGCAGGGAGAGGAGCAGGCGAGGCAGCUGGAAGCGCAUCUGGAAGCUCCUUCCCUUGCUGAGCAUUGCAAAUCGUUGCUGCAACGGGUGAGAUCCACUUUGGAGGAAGCCAUUUCCAUGGCUAAGCUAGUGGACUACGAGAUGUCACGGCAGCCAGCAUGCCACAACGCAAUAGCAGAAGCGGCAGCCGCGGCGGCAUCUGACUCGCCUCGGUCCAACAGCGGGAGCCCGAGGAGUGAGAGCUCGGAGAGGGUCUUCAAGGAACACGAGCGCAUGGAGAUGUGCAAGAAGAGGAAAACUCUACCCAAAUGGACGAACCAAGUUCGUGUUUCCAGCGGCGGAGUGACCGAAGGAUUAGAGGAUGGCUAUAGCUGGAGGAAGUACGGGCAGAAGGAGAUCCUCGGAGCCAGGCAUCCAAGAGGCUACUACCGAUGCAGCCACCGCAACAGCGUCGGAUGUCUUGCGACGAAACAAGUGCAGAGAUCAGAUCAGGACCCCUGCGUCUUCGACAUCACCUACCGAGGAGAGCACACUUGUCUACAGAGGCCGCAACCGUCUCCGCUUCCAGAACCAGAGUUGCGGCAAAGCCAUGAAAACCCUCCUACGAUCCAUGAAGCACUACUGCAUCAUCCUCGCCAGCAUCUGCAGUCAAGUCUCAGGGUGGAAACCGAAGGGUUGAACAUGCACGAUCAAGUCCUGAGUUCGUCCUUCUCCUUCCCUUCGACUCCACUCGACAGUUUCGGACCUCAAAGCCGUGUCUUCUCAUCCACUAAUCCCCUGGAGAACACCUACGUGGGCAGCUUCUCUCCCUUCAUCUCACCAACUACCUCGGAGUCCAAUUACUUCUCAGUCUCUCCAUGCCAAAUGAGCGGCUAUGGAGGUGGAAUAGCCCCCAACACCUCAGAAUCUGACCUCACCGAGAUCAUUUCUGCUGCGACGUCCACGACCAAUUCCCCCAAGUUGGAUGCAGCUUUCAUGCUCGACCACGCCGAGUUCGAUCAAAUCUUCCCUUUCGAUGCUCCAAAGUUCUUCUGAUGCAUCUUAGAAACAGAAUCCAUUACUAUCAGUAAGUGUCAAGAUAAGCCUGUUGUUCAACCAAGUUUUGCAGGCCUUCUGCACCAAACAAAAGCUAGAGUGAGCGAAUUAUGUUGUUGCAUUCAUUUAGGACUAAUGUGAUCGAGAUUGAUACAGUAGUUUGCUUCUUCUCUUUAAGCUUUAUGCUCUCUACGUGUACAUGCCUUGUUCUUAAUGAACAAAAGAUUGCCUUCAA